AUGAACAUAUUCCUGUUUAGAAACUUUUUUUAAAAAGCAAAAACCUGCUCAUUUUAAUUCUAUUCAAUUUUUAAAGUUAGGAGAAUGAAAUCUUUCGUGAUUAUUAAACAAAAUUAUGUAUUUAAAAUUCUUUUAUGUUAAAAAAUCUUGAUAUAAGUUUCUUUCAGCAGACUUGGUAGGAUGGACUAUACAAAGAAGUAAGAGUUGAGUUUAGAAAAAACAAUUUAACAAUAAAAUUUUUUUGGAAUAAACAAAAGAUAAAAAGAUAUUGUGGAUGGAAAUGAAUUGAGAGAGUAAUUUAUAAUUUAUGAAUAAAUUAGAUAAUAAAUUAUCGAGACCAAAGUUUAGCCUGAGAUAAUGAGAAACUUAAAAUAAGGAAUGAAUUAAAAAUGAA